GGCAGCCUUCAGCCUUAUCAACACUAUCGGCUUGCCGGCGGAACCAACGGCAUCGCGGUACAUACAAACAGCUUCAUGGUGCAGACGACGGUCUGAGAUUGCAUGCGAUAAUCGGCUCAUCGACUGGUAUCGACAAAAAAAAGACCAGAGCUAGUGUAGACAGAUUUCCACCCCUCCCUGAGGGCCAGCCUGAUCAACAAUGGCGACUCCUCCUGAGAAACUGCUUGAGUACUUCACCGCUAUGGACGCUGCCGGCGCUGUGAUAAUCAAAGAUACUCCAAAGCUAGACCUGGAGACAUACAUGCAGAAUUACAAUGGGAGGACACGAUUUGAUCGCUUGAUGCUUAUCGGGCAAUGUUCCGUCGUACUUUGCAUUGAUGCUCUCAAAGCUGCUGUGGCCGAAGCUAAGCGCGGUAAAGACGUUGCUCGGUAUCGAGAGGCUGUUGAUCUCCUCCGUCAGGCUGCACCAAACGAGCCUGAGGCCAAUCUUGACAGGCAGUGGAUUGAUGUGACGGAAAAGUCCAACAGGGAAGAGACGAAGCGCCUCGAGCAGGAAUUGAAGGGCUACAAAAACAACCUUGUCAGGGAAAGCAUCCGGAUGGGCAAUGAAGAUCUUGGCAAACAUCUUGAGGAAACAGGGAACCUUGCGGAUGCUUCCGAAGCCUACUCACGAAUGCGUCCUGAUGUCAGCACCUCAAAGCAGGUUGCUGAUGUCGGCAAACACCUCAUCCGUGUUGCCCUUCAGAAGCGCGACUGGACCGCCGUUAAUUCCAGCCUUAACAGGAUCGCAGGUCUUCAAAGCCAACUAAGCGAGGAUCUCGGAUUCCCAACAUACAUCAGAGUUAUGGACGGACUCGCAAAUCUUGGCCAGGAGAGGUACAAGGAGGCCGCUGCAGCCUUUCUCAAGGCCGACCACUCGGCGCCUGCCUCAUCAUAUGCCGAUGCCAUGAGUCCAAACGACGUUGCCAUCUACGGCAGUCUUUUGUCACUCGCCACCAUGGACCGCGUUGCCAUCCAGACCAACGUGCUGGAUAACAGCUCAUUCCGGUCCUUCUUAGAGCUAGAGCCACACCUGAGGCGAGCUAUCACACAAUUCGUGAAUGGAAGGUACUCGUCAUGCUUGGAGAUCUUGGAGAGUUACCGCAGCGACUAUCUACUCGACAUGCAUUUGCAGAGGCAUGUUCCGGAGCUGUUUCUCCAGAUUCGAAGCAAAUGCAUAUCGCAGUACUUACUCCCAUUCUCAUGCGUUACUAUCGCAAGUCUGGAUGAGUCGUUUGCGGUAGACGGCGAGUCUAUAGAAGAGGAGCUCGUCACUAUGAUUAGCAAUGGUAUUCUCGAUGCUAGGAUCAACAGUGUGGACAAGCUCGUGACAGCAACGGCAGUGAAGCCCAGGAUCCAAAUGCAGCUCGCAGCAUUGAAGGCGGCCCAACAGUACGAGACAGAGGCAGCAGAAAGGCUGAGAAGGAUGAACAUCUUGGCCGCCGAGCUCGAGGUCAAGAACAACAACAAACGGGGCAUGACUGUGGCAGAUACUGAAUGGGAAGGCAGUUCUUCAGCGAUGGCGUCGGUCUUUUGAGAGCUCACGGUAUGAAGCAUUUCAUGCAGACCUUAUUGGAAUGACAGGAGGAUCAAUGGGUAUCUCUUUCUAAAACAUGCCCUUGGUUGUAAGGCUCACAGACUUCUAGGUGACGUGAUUACGAAAAAUAAAUUACAGGCGCACAGUACAUCAUACACAAUAAAUCUUCCAUCCCUCCUCUUCGUCCUAGCAAUGAUCCAAGAAGUGACCAAGUGAACGUUGCAACUCUCCACAAGCUCUUGCAUAGGUCUCUCAGUAGCCAUAUCAGCCCAUCAAUUGAUUAAUGUCUUGAGGCGGCCACCUCGUCUGGGCAAAAGUCAACAUGCGUUUGAUGCUCUGUAAGUACUUGCGCGUGACUUCAUCACCCAUGACAUGACCCUUUUCUCCAUUGUGCAGUUUCUCUCGAGCACUUCGCUCGUGGAUACCCACCAUGGUAACACCGAUUGGCCAAGCAGCUUUGCCGAUACUGAGGCGGAGAUAACCGUCGUUCGCGUCGACGUAUCGCCGUUCUUGAGCUGCUUGUACAAUCUCGAGAAUGGCCUUGAAAAUUUCGUCGUCUAGCUCGCGCUUCUCGAGUUUGCGAAACAGAGGUCUCAAUGUAUCCCUACUCUGGGCCAUGGUGUUGUACUCCUUGCUCCCGGGCCUCUCCCCUUCACGCCGUAAGGUUUCCUCCCAUUGUGCCAGCACCAUGUUGAAGUAGCUCGUAAGCUUCCUCGCGAGAAGUUUUCGCCCCGCCCUGUCGUCAGGCAUCUUUCCGUCGAGCUUCAUAUCCUUCUCAUCGACAGCCUGAAGGGUCGUAGGGAUCGGCACGUCAUCCGAAAGACGCAGCCUCCGCAGCCUAGCCCUCCUGGUCUCUCCAAACAAACAGACUGGCAGGCCCCUCUCCCUGAGCAGCUUCCUGAUCUCCUCUUCGCUCGGCGCACCCUCGUCCUCGUCGUCCGAUCCCUGCGCCUUGUCGUCGGCCCCAUCCGCCUCGGGCAGCGGCGGCAGCCCCAGCCUCUCCCUACGCAGCCUUUCCUCCUCAGCCUCCUUCUCCUCCCUCCGCCGCCUCGACUCCUCCGCCAGCCGCUGCCGCUUCUGCUCGCGCGCCUUGG